AUGGACGACUCAGUACCUGACACCCCUAUUCGGGGAAAGAAGCUUGCACCAGGCACCCCCGACGAUGAUGGAGACUACGAGACGAUCGCCACCUUGCCCGCGCAUACAAUUACCCCGUCACAGCGAUUGACCCAGGCAACACAACUAAUUGACAUGCCAUAUUCACGCUCGAACAAUACAAUUGUCCAGGUUGCUGCAUCCUCACCCACGGCUCCUGCUGCCUCCCCACCCACCCACCGUCCCCGCGGAGGACUUUUAAGCUCGCUCAUGGCUCCUUCUGGCACAUCCUUCCGUCCUCCAGCUACAACUGUUCGCCCGACGAAACGAACUCCCAACUUCGACAUGGAUGACGGUCCAACCUACCGAGGCGGGUCCUCGGAUGACGACGAGAAUCGUAUCGACAUCAAGCCUGCGAUGUUUGAGAAAACUGCUCGAAGCCCUGAAAAAGUUGCCGAGUCACCUGUCCGCGCGGAGACUGGCUCCUUGGAUCGCUUUAAGGAAAUUACUUCAUCCGCCAUGUACGACCCAACUACCGCGGGUGUGAAGCGCUCAGCCGAUCAGAUGAGCCCCGCCGAUGCUCCUCGGGGUGUUGCUACAAAGAAGCUUCGACAAGGCGCUCCUUCCCGCGCGCAACCUGUGAACGCCCAGAUCUCGACUGUGCUGGACAUUGCCGAUUUCCGAAUCCGAGUCAAAGUGGAGCGUAUUCUCAAAGUCAUGCCCACAAAGUCUGUAUCAGAGUGUGUGGAUGCUCUCAUGUCGGCCAAUGGAAACUACGAUAUGGCUCUGGAUCUACUCGCCAACGAACCUGUCCGCGCAAAUGGGAACGGAACCCGCAAUUCCGCCAUUGAAAUUGAAUCUUCAGAUGACGAGCUAAGUGCGGAGCCUGUCCGCAACAUUGGACAGAUGGUCAAGCAGAAGAUCAAGGCGCGUGGCACCAUUCAAGAUAAAUGGGCUGCUUCGAAUUUGCCGGCUACCUCUCAGAAUGAAGAGGGGGUGAAGCCUCGCGGUCGUCUUAUGCGCGGCCCUCGAACUCGUGAUUCCGCCACCCUUUCUGAUGCCAUCUUGAUCGACUCGGACGACUCGCCCCCAAAGAAGAAGGCUGGACAUCUCCAGAAGGGCCCUCGCCGCGCCCCCUCGCUCACCCCAGAGGCUUUGCUCACAGAUUCGGAGGAUUCCGAUGUCCUCGAUGAGGAUGCUUCUUCUGGCGACCUGGAGCAAAAAGUGUUGCGAUUCUUCAACACCUGCAAGUCCCACGACCUCGCCGACAUUGCCGCGAUUCCUGAGGAGACGGCCGACCUCAUCAUCUCCCAGCGCCCAUUCACCAACCUGGGCCAGGUACGUGAGGUCAGUGCCCCUGUCGAUGAGAACGCCAAACCCAAGGGCAAGGGCAGGGGCCGCAAAGCUCCCAAGCCUGUCGGCGACAAGAUCGUCGACAAGUGCCUGGACAUGUGGACUGGGUACCUGGCGAUCGAUGCCCUCGUUGCGGAAUGUGAAGCGCUGGGCAAGCCCGUGGCCGAAGAGAUGAAGAAGUGGGGGGUGGACAUCUUUGGCAAGCGUGGUGAUUCCGAGCUCCAGCUCACGAAUCUGGAAGGCUCCCACGAUUCGGGAAUCGCAACACCUUCCUCCAACCCCCAGUCUCCUGGCGAAGAGGAUUCGGACGAUGAGAUUCGACCCGUCGUCAAAUCUCGAAAGUUUCAGUCGAGUGGUCAGUCUGGUCUCAUCUCACAGCCAUCCAUUAUGGCCAAAACCUUGGUUAUGAAGGAUUAUCAAAUCGUCGGUCUUAACUGGCUGGCGCUGCUGUUCGAGAAGAAGAUGAGCUGCAUCCUCGCUGAUGAAAUGGGUCUCGGCAAGACCUGUCAGGUCAUCUCGUUCCUCUCCCACCUCUUAGAGAAGGGCAUCAAGGGCCCUCACCUGGUGGUCGUCCCUUCAUCCACCAUUGAGAACUGGCUUCGUGAGUUCAAGAACUUCUCUCCGAAGCUCGUGGUCAAGCCCUACUACGCGGGCCUGGCUGAGCGUGCAUACAUUCGCGAGCAGCUUGAAGAUGAGCGGGACUCGAUCAACGUCGUGGUUACCACCUACACCAUCGCCAAGGCCAAAUUGGAUGCAAAGUUCCUUCGCGAUAUGGACUUCUGUGUCUGCGUCUAUGAUGAAGGGCACAUGUUGAAGAAUUCUCAGUCGGUCCUGUACGACAAACUCAUUCGCAUCAAUGCCGAGUUCCGACUUCUCCUCACGGGUACCCCGCUGCAGAACAAUUUGCAAGAACUGGCUUCUCUACUCGGCUUCAUGCUGCCUGGAGUCUUCAAACAGCACAAGGAGGAUCUGCAGGCGGUCUUUGCCAACAAGGCAAAGACGUCUGAUGAAUCGCACGCAACGCUCUUGUCAGCACAGCGUAUCGAGCGUGCCAAAUCCAUGCUGAAGCCUUUUGUUUUGCGCCGGAGGAAGGUCCAAGUCAUUGACCUGCCCCACAAGCACUCGUAUGUUGAGUACUGCGAGAUGAAGCCUUCACAGCGGGGUAUUUACGAUCACGAAAAGGAGCAAGUCCGUCAGCUCCUCGAGGACCGCGCUGCGGGCAAGAAGACUGGCUCGAAAUCCGCCAACAUCCUCAUGAAGCUCCGCCAAGCCGCCAUCCACCCCCUCCUCGCCCGGCGUCACUACACCGAUGCCAUUCUCAAGAAGAUGGCUAAGAGCUGUCUGAAAGAGGAGAAAUGGGCUCUUUCCGAUCCAGCGAUCAUUGAGGAGGAGUUGCAGGCUUACAAUGACUACGAGUGCCAUCACAUGUGUCUUGAGAACCCGAGCUCGCUCGGCAAAUACAAGCUCAAGAAUGAAGAAUGGAUGGACUCCGGUAAAGUCGAAAAGCUCUGUGAACUGCUCACCCGCUUCGUCGCCAACGGCGACCGCACCUUGAUCUUCUCGCAAUUCACCAUGGUCAUGGACAUCCUCGAGAACGUUCUCGAGACUCUGCAGAUUGAGUUUGUCCGCCUGGAUGGCCGCACCAACGUUGAAGACCGCCAGUCCAUCCUGGAUGCAUUCCACGAGCGGGUGGAAAUCCCCGUCUUCCUGCUCUCGACCAAGGCCGGUGGUGCAGGCAUCAACCUGGCCUGCGCAAACAAGGUCAUCAUCUUCGACUCCUCCUUCAAUCCACAGGAGGAUGUUCAGGCCGAGAACCGCGCCCACCGUGUCGGCCAGACUCGCGAGGUUGAGGUCUUCCGCUUUGUCACUCGUGAGACUAUUGAGGAGCAGAUCUACGCCCUGGGUCGAACGAAGCUGGCGCUGGACCAGGCUGUCGCGGGUGAUGAUGACGUCGCCGCUAAGAAGAACGAGGAGGCUGGUAUGCAGGCUGUGGAGAGCAUGGUUUUUGCGGACAUGGAGAAGAAGGAUAAGCCGGAGGAGGAAAAGUGA